ACUCACUUUGCCGUUGCAGGACUGACAGACAGUUGAAUCCGCGUAGGCAAUCCGCAACACGUGCUCGCAGACUCUCCGCCGCGACCUGUUGCGUCUAGGUCAGAGUGCCAGUGCAGUGAACUCUCUUUUCGUCCACGGAGUUUAGGAGUUAGACACGGGAUUAUUUUAUAUUAAGCGGACCCUUUCGCAUGGACCAGCCCGCCCCGUGAUGUCAGACUCGCAGGAAUACGACUCCAAGAAGGACGUGAACGCGUCCAGCACCUCCUCCUCCCCAAGGACUCCCCCGAACUGCGCCAGGUGCCGCAACCACCGCAAAAAAAUCGCCCUCAAGGGCCACAAGCGGUACUGCAUGUAUCGGUCGUGCAAGUGCGAGAAGUGCCGACUGACCUCCGAGCGGCAGCGAGUCAUGGCGCAGCAGACCGCCCUCAGGCGCGCGCAGGCGCAGGACGAGGCGCUGAUCAAGACGGGCGGCAGCUUCGACGAGCUGCCGCUGGUGCCGGUGGAGCAGAGGGCGCAGUUCGCGGGGCUGGAGUGCGAUUCAUCGGAGUCGUCGAUCUGCUCGCCGCCGCCCACCAAGAAGAUGAAGAUGAUGUCGGGCAGCACUGUUCCAUCGCCUGCUGCUCCCAGCAUCGUCGGUAUUGGGGAUUCGCAUCCUGCUUAUCCGAAAGUCUGGGAUGAAGGGAUUCACCACCGAGGAGAUCGCUGUGAUACGAUACAAGGUAGGGACCUUCUAGAAGACUGCCAGAAGUUGUUGGAGAGGUUCAAAUACCCAUGGGAGAUGAUGCCACUCAUGUAUGCUAUCUUGAAAGAUGCCACCAAUGUAGAAGAAGCCAUAAGAAGAAUAGACGAAGGUCAAGCGGCCGAAAUACUUCUCAAUCUGUGUCAUCGAAUCAAAGAAAAGUUUCAGUUGCCCUGGAGGAUGAUUUCGUUAGUGGAUGUGAUCCUUAGGUAUGCCAAAGAGAGUCAGGACGUCGCUUGGAGUAGAAUAGAAGAAGCAUUCUUGGAAUUCAGAGCCCUUGCGGCUGUGGAGGCGGCCCGUUACACCUACCGCCACAUCCCCCUCUACUACUCCUCGGCCGCCGCCAUCUACCCGCCGGUCUACCACCUGCCCACCAUAUCCGUCUACCCGCCGCCCUCAUCCCUGCUGGCCGCCCAGCCCACCCGCCCCUCGCCAGCGGCGGCUCUGUCGCCGCCUCCUGCCAAUGGGCAGCUCAGGCCGGGCAGUCAAGCGUGACAAGGAAAUUCAGAGCCGAAGUACUAGUACAGAAGUUGUGAUUGAAGAACUGUUCAUCCCUAGACUUUAAUGAAUGUUCCAAUUUUAGUCCGUCUUCAUAACUUGUAUAUUCGUCCCAGUUGAAACAAUAACUAACCACAAAGUAUAGCCAUAAGUAUUUUUCUGUAUUUUAUACAUUAUGGCAAAUUAGGCCAAUCAGCAGAGUCACAUGGAACUGUAGCUGAACUUUUGACAGUUUUGAUGAAAAUGUAUAACUGUUCAGAUCUGACUAGGAAUCUAUUAGCUCCAGGGGCUCAUUUAGGUAUAGUAGAAUCCUUCCACACACAUGAAUACACCUGAAUCACCUCAGAUGAUCGAGAAUAGUUUUUCUGUGACAAUCAUCCUGAAAGUAUGCAGUAACUGGAACAAAUUGAAUUACUACCAUAUUCAGGGAUUCUGAGAGGAUGAUUCAAGUCAUGUUAGGAGUUGCUACAUUCUGGCACAUGUUUAAAUUUGAAGGAAAUUCAUUUUCAGAAACAAGUAUUGAGUACACAAAUAGUAUUACGAUUCUAUAAUAGAACAUCUGGAAAUUAUUCAACCUGGACACAUGUUCGGACCUGAUAUUGUCCAGAACUGAAAUUGUUCUACAAUGGUUCUUAUUCGUCAUCCACAGAUUUAUUUUAGACUUUAUACAAUUGAUUUAGCUUCGAGCUAUGUAAAUAGCUCUAGGAAAUGCUGAGCAAUACACUGUCUAUCGAAUUUUCUUUUGUUUGGUCUUCUCUGAGGAAGCUAUGUUCAGUCUUUUCUGAGGAAGUGAUGGUAAUCUUGUCAGCAAAACGAGAAUAUUUGAGGAUCAUUGUGAUGAAUGAAUACCACAAAGCAAUUUCGGACCUAAAAGAAGUAAUAUUGCCUGUCUUCCCUCUCACCUUCUAACUGAGCAUUGAAAGAUGGUGAAGAAAGAAGAACAAUAAUGUUUUUCUGAAAUCGAUUUUCUUCAAUGAUACAAUAGGUGUGUUCUACAUUGAGACUGAUGCAGAACAUCUAAGAAACAUAGAGACGCGUAUUUAGGAACCAUGUGUUGCUAUAAUUCCAAUAACUUGAGGAAAAAUAUCAUAACUUCCAGUUGAGGUGUCGUUAUUCUAUUUAUUUUGUGUCCCCAAAUGAUGAUUCUCCAAACAGAAGGAGGAAAACUUGAAACCAUUUACCUACUGAACCACCAUAUUGAGGAUAUAUUAUAUUCCUGUGUAUGGAGGAAUUGUGCUUACCUAUAUGAACUAAUGAAAAUAGAUAGAAUUUUAUCCUGGAAAGAUAAAUGUUGAUUGCCUGUGACGAAAAAUAUAUAUAAAUUUCUACUAUUGUUGAAUAUACAUAAAACAUAAUUCUUUGGAACUAAUAGUACUUUUUUGAGGGUAUUCUGUACAUUAGAUAUAUUGAUGUCAUUUUCUGUAACACAUAUUACAUGUAUGCAUAAGAUUUCCAUUGUACAAAUCGUGUAGGUGUAAGUCCAAUCAAUUUUUGGAGGUGAUUGUGCAUAACAUGUGUUAUUUUUAUGUUAAUUAGGGAAGUGGUCUUGAUUUGGGGCCUUGUGAUACAUUACAUUUAAAUAAUAGCGAUAAUCAUAGUUAUUUGAGGAGCAACUGAUGAACUCAUGAUUCCUAAUAGUUAACGGUUCAAAUUUGUAGAAAGUAUAUAUGCCGAAAAUAUUAUGAACAAACUUGCCACAUUGUCAUAUUCUUGCCCAGAUAUCAAUGAAUAUUGUAUCAGGGUCAAUAUGAAUGUUGAAAUCAAACUCACGGUUCUAAUAUGAAUGAACAAAUGAAAUUUGUAGUUAUACUUGUAAUAGUCAUGCAACUAUUUUUAAUGAUUAUAAAAAUAAUGUAAGUAUAGGACGAUGAUGAUGAACCUGAAUUCUUGAAUUUAAAUACUAGCUUUAAGGGUUGUAUGUUCAAGUGUAGUGUUGAAUAAACUUAAGUUAACUAGAUGGUAAUUCUUUUUAUUUUCAUUUCAACAAUUAUAGAAAUAUACGGA